UAAUUUUGUCAAUUUUCACCUUCCAGUACGUUUAUCGGUUUAUGGCCUCUCUCUCAUUACUUAUUUAAGCUAUCAACUGUCCAUUCCCGCAGCUUUAGUAACAGAUCUGUUUUCUUCGUGGGUCCGUUAUCACUAAGAAAGCGCGAGGACAAGAUUCUUCAAGCUAUUCCCCUUUUUUCCUUUAUUAUUAUUAAUUCAAUGAGAAGAACAAGUGGAAUAUAAUUUCAAAACGAACGUGAAGAUGAUGAAGAUCCGAAUAGAAAUUACGCUGUGUUUACUCCUAUUUCUAGUCCUCGCGCCAUUUUGCAUUUGCUCCGGCGAGCGGCUCCUUGUUGGCAUGACUCUUGUUCGAAAAGCCACCGCUCACGGCGCCGUCUGUUUGGAUGGAAGUUUGCCGGCGUAUCAUCUUCACAGAGGAUUCGGCGCCGGAUCAAACAACUGGAUUUUACAGUUUGAGGGUGGUGGGUGGUGUAAUGACAUAUCAUCGUGCCUGGAAAGAGCCAAAACUCGCCGCGGAUCGACUCGUUACAUGAGCAAGUUAGAAGUCUUCUCUGGCAUCUUAAGCAACAACGCCUCUCUCAAUCCAGAUUUUUACAACUGGAACCGUGUGAAGCUGAGAUAUUGUGAUGGAGCCUCAUUUUCAGGAGAUAGCAAGUUUGAUAACGGGACGUCAUUGCUUUAUUUCAGAGGGCAAAGAAUUUGGGAAGCAAUUAUCCAUGAUCUUCUACCUAAAGGGUUGUCAAGAGCACGCAAGGCCUUGCUUUCAGGUUGCUCUGCUGGGGGUCUAGCAACCUUUUUGCACUGUGACAACUUCACAAAGAUGUUACCAAGCAAUGCCAGUGUGAAAUGUUUAAGCGAUGCUGGAUUUUUUCUGGAUGAACGAGACAUAAGUUUGAAUUAUUCUAUGAGGUCCUUCUAUCAUGAUCUAGUUGCCUUACAGGGGAUAGAGCAAAAUCUAAAUCCAAAUUGCACGAGGUCGACCAGCAAUCCAAAGCUGUGUUUCUUUCCCCAGUACGCAUUGAACUAUAUCUCAACACCUUAUUUCAUCUUGAACUCAGCUUAUGAUGUAUUCCAGUUUCAUCAUAGUUUGGUUCCACCAUCUGCUGAUUUGCACGGACACUGGAAUCGUUGCAAGCUUGACCCAGCAGCAUGCAGUGCAUACCAGAUCAGUGUAUUGCAAGGUUUGAGGCGUGAUAUGCUUGUGGCUCUUUACCCAUCCUACAAAAAUUCAAGAAGAGAUGGGAUGUUUAUAAAUUCAUGCUUUGCUCAUUGCCAAAGUGAGUCACAGGACACAUGGUUUGCUGUUGAUUCUCCAAGAAUACACAAUAAGACCAUUGCUGAAGCAGUUGGAGAUUGGUACUUUAGCAGAAAAAUAACCAAAGAGAUUGAUUGUCCAUAUCCAUGCGAUAAAACUUGCCACAACCUUAUACCUUCACCUCAGGGUGCAAAAUGCAAUCUAAUUUCUAUUACAGGUUUCACUGAGAUAGAUUAUUCUUUUUCUUCCAAGAACAAAUUCUUCAGUAUACAUCAUAUCUGUUGAACCUGGUCGUUCGCAUGCCGUAGCUUUAAUGGUGAUGAAACGAAGUCCAGGUAUUUUAAUGUUUUAAUUCUUUUUUAAAAAGUGAUUGUUGCCCCAAAAUCACAUAUCAUUUAAUUACAAUUCAUUCAAAACAAUGAAUGAAACCAAUUGAUUUCCAUUCAUUGUUUUAAAAAAAAAAAACUUUUACAAUAUAUAGCAGGAUAGCAGCAAAACUGUGUCGACGUUACGGGUUUUUUCCUAUUUUUUUUAAAUUGGUCGUAAUUGAAAUUGAAAAUUACUUUCUAUACAUUAAAAAUAGGCAGCAAUAUUCAUUACUUUUAUUAUUUUCUUUGCAUUAUAUUGUAGUAGAAUAUGAUCCUUGUAUUAACACCUUAUUUUUCAUGAUCAAUUCAAUUAGAUUAUUAUUUCUGUAGGUGUAAUAAUCGUGGUAAAGAUCUAUUUUAAUUCAUUAUAUUCUAAAAUAGUGAAUUUAAA